AUGGGGGUCAAGGGACUCGUACGUUACGUUAGUUCGAUCUCAAAUCUUUGGGAAAAGAUCAUUCUUCAGGAUACCAAACUCGUCAUAGAUGGGUAUUCUUUGUGCUACCAUCUUUAUGAAUUUGACUCCCGGUGCGGUGGGCAAUACGACGAGUUUUACCACGCGGUUAAUUCGUUUUUUACUGCUUUGAGUUCUAAACGAGUCGAGUGCUUUGUGAUCUUCGAUGGAGCGGACGAUCCAAGCGACAAAAAGCUGGAAACACUCCGGAACCGAGCAAAGGAGAAUAUUCAAAAGGCGAAUGCUUUGGCAAAAUCAGCCGAUGACCGACAGUUCUUACUUCCGCUUUUGACCAAAGAUGUUUGCCUACAGGCGCUAAGGGAUGGUGGCAUUCAAUUUGCAGUUUGCGACAGGUAAGAAAAGCUUUGAUAAACGCACUGUUUCGAAAAUUUUGAAUGCGGGAAUUCCCCCAUGAAGUAAUGGUGAGGGAUGGGAGGGGCAGUCGUCUUACAGCCAAUGGUAAAAAGUGAGUACCCGAUGCGACAAAGUUGUUCAGAGCCCUGACCUGCACUUGUUAUGCCACUGCGGGCAGGCUCCCAGGGAAAAGUUGUUUAAAGAGAAGGGGAGAGACUUGUCUCCUCACACGGUAACCGGUCAUUUUGCCCCCAAGUCAUUUCGCCCCGGUUUUUUAGCCCCCUUUUUGAGUCAUUUAGCACUCUUCAAAUGUCAUAUUCCUCGAUCUACAAGCCAUAAAGAAAAACAAGCGAACUUCAAACGUAACAUUCCUCGUUCUAAAAAAGGGGGCUAAGUAACCGGGGCGAAAUGACCGUAAAUAAAGCCCUCGUUCGAACCCCAACUAAAGAGCCUUUCCAUAGGCAAGCACAUCCACACACUCGGCCCUGCCAUAUGAAGCUAAGAAAUUGUUUGUUAAGCCAGUGUAUUUUCUUCUACGGCAAGCUGUGUAGUUUUUGAUGUUGUAUUUGACCUAAGAUGUGAUCCUCUCGCUUUUCCUCAACAGUGAAGCUGAUGCAGAAAUUGCUUCCUUGGCUCAGUCAUGGAACUGCCCAGUUCUAGGCAAUGAUAGUGACUUCUUCAUAUUUGAUAUAAAAGCGGGCUACAUACCACUGUCUUUUUUCGACUGGAAAGCAGGUCAAUUAACAGCCAAUAUUUUCUACCGUAGUAAACUGGCAUCACACUUUCGAAUUCGCGCGGAACUGAUUCCUUUGUUAGCUUCUUUGGCGGGCAAUGAUUACGUGAGUUCGGACGCACUUGCGGCUUUUAACCGUGUACCGACUCCCAUUCCAACCAUGAAUCCUUCUAGCGGAAGAAAACUAAGGUUUGAAAGCAUUGCGAACAUGCUGUCCCAGCUACCUGACUCGUGUAACCAACAGAAAGCACUGGAGUCUAUCCUUCAAAAGACAUCCUCACCGCCUGAACUGGGGCAAGAUGUAGAACUUUCUCUUCAGGAAUAUAACAUUAAGGAAUCGAAUUUAUUGGAUUAUUUCAGAACUGGUGAGGUGUGCAGCUCCCUUAGGACACGUAGUGGCCACGAAAUUGAGCAGUGGGUUUUGCGUCGGUUUCGUUCUGGGCUGUUUUCAACCAAAUUUAUGAAUAGUUUAACCUCUGGUAAAUGCUCGCUUCGAGUGCAGGUUGAAAACUGUCGGGAAAUUUCCAUAAACCGCUCUUCUUCGCGGCUUAGACAGUUUGUUUACGGUAUUCUAAACGAUGUAGAAGAAGGCACAAAAGAGACAGGGAAUUUAUCAGCUGUCGAAGAAUGGAAUAGAGAGGGUAUGACGGUGAAGGAGUCAAAUGUUGCUCCCUGUCAAGAGGGUGUGGUACCAGGUAUAAGUCACAUCCCAGAUCUGGAGACCACAGAGACGCUAAACAUUUUGUUAUUUGCGCUUGAUAGUGCAGACACACCUGAAAUCGAGGCUUUACCGCAGGAUAUGAAAUUAUUUGCUGCAUCACUUCGUCAUCUUCUCAACAAUGCGCAGCCAGAGCUGAACAUAAAUCAUCUCUUGGCUUUAUUGUGCUGUUGUGUUAAAUUACAAGACAAUUUGAAGGAAGAGAACGUGAAAACUCAAUCAAUUGAUCUGCGAGCAGCGCACAGUUUUUGUCAGUGGCAGUCUGUUUUGAGAGAGGCUAUCAACCUUAACUGUACUCUACUCGAACCUGUGCUUACGCCGUACAUUCAUAAGAUACACAAUGGACUAACGGCGCACAGUCUGGCGGAGGACCUAAAUCAAGGUGAGUUAUUUAUCGAAAAAACACUGAGUAAAGCAUGCCAGCACUUCCCCGUGUACCACCAAUACUCAAAACUAUGAAAAUUAGAACAAAAAAUUGAAAAACCUAAAAAGGAUUUUUACAACAGAUGGACAGUAAGAUGGUUUUCAGUUGACACUGACUGAUUAUUGUGGUCGAAUCUUUCAACUUCUAUCGAGCUCAGCUACUUGCUUCUAUUGUGAGACAAAGUCAGUCCUCUAUAUAUUAUUUGCAAACCGCGUCGUGUCAACUAGUAUUCUGCGGUGACUCGACUUUUCGCGUAGGUUAUUAAGGUAGCUCAAGCUAACGUGAAAAGGAAUUCAACAUGAAAAGAAAUGUCAACUUGAGAUCGAAAUGUUUGCCUGUACGUGUCAAAAGUGCUUGGCUAAAAGGCAUGAAAAGUGACUUUGUAGUAUUACACGGUGGCGCGAAAAUAUGAAUUUAAUUUCAAUCGGCAAAACAAUAUUUUACGAACGAGCGCAGCGAGUGAGUAAAAUAUUGUUUUUGUCACGAAAAAAUAAAAUUCAUAUCUUCAAGCCGCCGUGUAAUGUUCUUUCUAUAACAUAGACAAAAAGACAUCGAUAAAAUAAUAGAGGGAAACGACCGAAAUUACGUCAUCGAUAAACUCACGUGUGAGAUUAUGGAAAAUAAACCACUCAGUUUUUAUGAAUUUUACGACUAGUAUAUUUUCCAGUUAAACACUCGUGUCUAUGUAAUAAAAGGUUAUAAAUACUCUCUUAUUUGAAAGUUGCACGCUAACAGUUGCCUUUUCAGUUUAAUUUUUCAAUGACAGCCCAGUCCAACACUUUUACACUACAACGUGGACCUUGUUACACCUUGUUACGAUCAGGAAAGAACGUACAAAUUUAGCAGUAAUUUAUUAUGUACUUUCUUUUUCCAGGACGCACCCCAGAGGAACUAAUUCCGUCUUCAAAAAAACAGUUGUUCAUCACGCUUAAAAAUGCAGUAAUUACAAAGGAUCUGCUACACAAAAUCGCUCUAGAAGAAAGACCACGUGGAAGGAACAGUGGAAGGACGGCCGGAGGUUCUCAUGUCAGGGCUGCAACGAGCACAUUUGAUGUCCGCAAAAUGUGGGAAAAUCGAUUUGCAUGUUUGCGCAGCUUGGAAGACCAAGAUAGUUAG